CCUUUUCUCAACAGAUAAACAUGCAUCUGUUUUGUUGCAUGUCCAAAUUGGAAAUAAGAAGUGUAAUUAUGAUUUUGAAAUCUCUCUUUGAAACUCCAUCCAGAUGACUAUGUAACAGCUUUUAAGCCGUAACGGUUGGACGAUCUUAUCAACCUCUUUGAGGCCCCCCUCCCUGCCAGAAAACAGUAUUUUACACAACAUUUCACAAGGUGGAGGGUGAGUUAAGACAGGCGACUGAGGGGCAAAAAUGGCCUUGACAGUGGCUGACAGAGCCAUUGGAGCCAUCAUCGGAGCAGCAGUGGCAGACGCCGCUGCCCAGCCCAUGCACUGGAUUUACAACCCCGACAGGCUGAAGGAAGUCCUCUCCGAUCUGGAGCCCUAUCCAGAGUUUCGGCCUGAAUCGGCGAAUCCUUUUUACUGCAGGGCAACAGGCGAGCAGACCUGCUAUGGAGACCAGGCGUACGUCCUGCUGGAGUCUCUGAGUCAGUGUGGAGAUGUGGAUGUAAAAGACCUGACUGAGCGCUUCUACAAGUUCUUCGGACCGGGUACGGUGUACGACCUGCCUCUCAACGAUCCCUACAGGAAAAAAGGAGGACCCAAAGCCGUUCUUCCGAUCGAUGGCCCGUGGAGGAACGGCAGCCUGAAGGCUUUCAUCAGAAACGUGGAUGCUGGCAAAGAAGAAACCGGCUGCGACGUGGACUGUCAGAUGGACGGCGUCACCAAACUGGCUCCAGUGGUGGCCGCCUUCGCUGGCAAGCCGGAGAUGCUGGAGAAGGUGGAGAAGGCCAUCCGAGUCACGCAGAACAACGACAUGUGCGUGGCGGCGACUCUGGCUGCAGCAAGGGUUUUGGAGCAUUUCAUCCUGAACGGUCCCGAUCCAAAGGUGCUGGACGCAGUUAUUGCUCAGCUGAGUGACCCAAAGAGACAAAACCCUCAGGAUCUGGACAAGGCGGUGGUCGCGCAUAUCCACCAGGUGAAGGACAACCUCGCCAAGCAAUCCCAUCAGCUCAUCCCUGCUGUGUUCACUAACACAUGAGCUCUGCCUGGUGCGUUCCAGGGCGCGCUCCAUGGAGUCCUGACUCUGAACCGGCUGGAUGAAGCUGUCAGAGACACCAUGCGGCGUGGAGGAUGCACCGCCAGCCGAGCCUCCUUCAUAGGAGCUUGUUUUGGAGCACAGACCGGCCUUCAGGGAGUUCCGGAGUCGUGGACGGAGAAGACGCUCAGAUUCCCUCUGCUGUUGGAGCUGGCUAAAAGUGUGGUCAACAAGAGUCAAGACGUGUAGCGCCGUGAAUCCAACAAAUCCAAGUUGCAUAACGGGAGAGGAUCCUCGCAGACGUUACAGAUGUUUUCUUUGGCAGCAGCAGCUAAUGACAGUUUCAUUCUAAAGUCAUGCGCUGAAUGAAACUUGAAUCCUUUUGUGCUGUCAGAAGCUCCAUCAUGUAACCGAGUGAUAGUUUAUGCAGGCUUUUGGGGUUUUUUUUCUUCUCUGCUCUCAUCCUGCUUCUGUUCUGUUGUCUAUAUCAGGGAGCGAUCGGAAAAUCCUUUUUGUCAACUCACAGUCGUUAUUCCUGGGAGUGCUCUAUGUUAUGGUGAAGUGAAAGAGCAGUGACGGGCGGAUUUACUGCUGGAACAACCUACACCGUCCUCAGAGGGCCCGCUCUCCUCUACAGCCCUUCUAAAAGUGCUGACUUGUUUAACGCCUCCAUCCUAACAUUUAUGAAAGUUUGAUUUCUCUUCUUCACCUAAAAAACCUGUUGUGUAGGCUGGAUUGGCAGCUUGAUAGACAGUGAAAAACAGACAAAUGUUCAGUUUUUGCAGCUAUUUAUGCCUUGACCAUAAAAAAAUGUUUGAAGCCCACUGUU